AUGCCGUUAUCGGUCUUCCGUAAUAGGAAUAUAGAUAUGGGAAACCGUAAAGAAAAUUAUUAUAAACAAAAAAAAAAUAGAGGAAGAUUUAAAAAAAAACAGUUAAAAGAAGUUGCAAGACAGGAAAGCAAAAACUUGAAAGACGAUACAUGCACUGUAGCUGCAACGUCGGAUAAAAACAUCUCAGAACUUAUCAUUGAUGAAGCAACGCGAGUUCCAUUUCAGGAAAUUCAAAACAUACGCGAUUCUAUGCCUUCGGCACAUACUUCGUCUGAACGGAAUACUCCACAGCUUUUUAUUGAAGAAGCACAAGAUAACGAAGAGUUUAAAGUAGAUGGGCGCAGAGUGAUUGACUUCAUGUACUUUUAUGAGGAGUUGCACAAAAUCGCCAAACACAAUUCACCUCUAGGUUGUAAUUUCAGCCAUUUACAACUUAUAAAAGAACAAAAAAAAGGUUUCUAUUCCAAAUUCACUUUUCUCUGCAAAAUGUGUAAUAUCGAGUUACAUGUAAUGAAUUGUAAAUUAAAUAAAAACAGUAAAGAUCUCAAUCUUAACGAAACAGCAGUGUCUAGUUUUAUGUCAAUAGGCGCUGGUUAUGUAGCGUUAGAACAGGUAUCAGCUUCUCUCGGGAUACCAUGCAUGUCAAAAAAUCUUUACGUCAAAUGUCACACCAAGGUUUGUGAACUUUGGGAAUUAGCAAAACAGAAGAGCAUGGAAGAAGCUGCAAAGGAAGAAUACGAUUUAGCCAUACAAAACGGUGACGUAGACGCUAACGGAGUACCAAUGAUUACGUUUAAUUGUGGAGAAAAUAGAAUGCACCAACCAUUUACUUCGCAACUACUGCACAAAGUUGGAUGA